AAAAUUUACGAGAAGCAAACAUAUUCUCCCAAAAACCAAUCUCUCCAUAGUUUCAGUCUCUCUCUAGUCUCUGUAGAAUUGGGGCGUUGGGGGAAUGGGAAACCGCGUCGGGGGAAUGGGAAACCGCGUCGCAGAUCUUCACUCCCUAACCAAGUUCCAGGAGAUUCUCAGGUGCUCCGUUUGCUUCGACUUUAUGCAGUCUCCAAUUUAUCAGUGCCACGAUGGACACGCACUCUGUUCAAGCUGUAAAGCAAGGGUACUCAACAACAAAUGUCCCAGUUGUAGGCAGCAGCUCGGUAAUAUAAGGUGUCUAGCUCUGGAGAAGAUGGCCAAAUCUGGAAUGCCCAGGCAUUUUCUUUUAAGGAGUUCCUGUUCGCAGAAUUUCAGAGAACGUAAGGUUGGAAUCAGAUUUCAGGGUUGAAGAACAGAUCUCUAUAGGUACUCUUAGUUCGGGUGAGGAGUGAUGGCUAGGCUGAGGAAUGGUCAUCAUUAGGACUUGACUUAGGAUUUUAUGUUGGAUUUUGUUUAACUAUUAGUUAUAUUCAUUUGGAUCUUUUGGUAUUUGGAAGUUAUUUGGAAAUUGAAUUUUAAGGAUUUUAAAUUUUGUUCCGCUACUCUUACAAUCAAGUAUAAGUGCCCUAAUCAUAUUUCAACUCCAAUUUUUGCCUCAUGGCUAUGAUUUUCAAA